AAAAUAAAAGAAAUUGGUAGCAGAAUGAAGAAAUUUACAAAAUUAAAAGGAAAUGUGUAACUAUAAGAUGCCCAUUAAUAAAAAUUUGAUCAAUCGCAACACACAACAAAGCUGUCACUCUGUGAAUUUGUUGUGAGAGCGGUUAUGGAAAAGUAUCAAUACUAAACAGAACAGAAACAGAACACCUUACCAUUUUUCCCAUUCGCUCUGUUUUUUCCCUCCGUUUCUCUAGUCGUCUUCCUCCUCCUUACUCUGUAUUUCAUCUUCUCCGUGAGAUCUAAGUUUACUGUUUUCAUUUGGGUUUUCUUUUACGCUUCAAGGAUAAGGGGGAAAAAGACAAUGGUCGAAAAGAGGAAAACCCCGAAGCCAGAAGAACAGGGCGUAGCAGGCUCUGCGGUUUUGCAAGGUUCAUCCAGCAGCAAUCCUUCAGUUCAUGGUGAUGAAAAAGCUUCGAAGGAAGUGGGAAAGUCUGAUGAGGGGAAGGGAUUAAAGAAAUAUGAAGCAGCGGCAGCAAAAGCAUUAAUGGGAUUGCAUGAUUCUUCCGUCAAAAAAUGCCCAGUUCUUGAUCCCAAAGACGACCUAGAAACUCAUCCUAAUAUUCAUAAAGCCUCGAAGUACUACUCCUCAACAGAGUUCCCUUCUGAUUGGUAUGUUUACGACUCAGGAAAUCCGAAGGAUGAUGAUGUAAAAUUUGAGCCAUUGUUUGAAAAAGAUGCUUCCGGCAAGCUUGUCAUAACAGGAAUACGGAGGAUUCAGUCCCAAUCGUCGGCCAAAAUUGAGACGAUGGAUCCAAGAAAGAAUGACGGUCCAAAUCUCAGCAUCCCAAAAUUUGGUAAUCAACCUGAUGAGUCUCCAGCUUCGGAAUCUUCGGAUUUGAAGGAAAAAGGUACCAGCAAUUCUGAUGAUCCACUUAAGGAAGAUUCUCACGAAGGAAGGAAGGAGGAUACUGCGUCUGUGGCUUCAACCGAAGGGAAGAAGAAGAAGAAGAAGAAGAAGAAGAAGAAAAAGGAGACUCUGACCAACCCGGUAGAGGAUGAAGGAGACGAGCCAAAUGGGACUAAAUGCGUGAUUUGUGAAGAGAAAAAACCUGCUGAAGACAUGAAGAGAGCUGCUAAAUGCGGACACUAUUUCUGUGCUGAUUGUAUUCAGGGCUAUGUUUUGGAGAAGAAGCAGGAGAAGGAAGAUGGACUUGUUACUGUGGGUUGCCCAGGGAAGAACUGCAGGCAGACUUUGAGUGAUGAAGAGAUCUUCGGUUCUCUUCCUGUUGGUGACAGAUUUGAUUGGCUUAGGAUUAAAAUCCAUUUCAGAACCUCGCAGCUUCAAGCCAAAUUCACUGCCCUCAAGAAUGUUGCUCGAGAUUUCUUGACGAAGCUUAGUGAAAUUGAUUGAUCACAGAGAUGAUCAGAGCCAGACCCAUUUCUCUGAAAGAAGAUUCCAGUUAAAAUGUUGGAGAAAUUAGUGUACUUUUGGGUUCGAUUUCAUUGUUGGUUUUUGAAAAUGAUUUCAUUGUUGGUAGAUUCUUCUUAGUUUGGAUUAUUAAAGACGGAUGAGUAUCACAGAAAAGAAACCUAAAAAGUUUGCUAGUGUUUUGUUCUGAAUGAAUAAUCCAGUUUCCAACUAUUUUAUGUAAGCU